AUGCAAGGCCGGCAGAACGCCCCUCCUCCGUUGUUGACGGGCAACGGCUGGAAGACAAGCGCUACACCCGCGGGGAAGCCACUUGUGACGCCGACGAAUGCUGUCUUUGCUGGACAAUACAAACCCCCAACAGCUACGCUGUCCAAGACGGUUCACGAUCAUUCCGCCGAGCGGUCGAGAUUCACGAAUGCACUCCUGCCCUACACUGCAAGAUGGCCUAUGCUACACAGCGUCAUGACGGAGAAGGAUUCGCGGAGGAUCUUUUAUUUCAUGAGUCUCAACUUCUCCUUCAUGGCUGUUCAGGCCUUUUAUGGCUACGUGACGGAUUCGCUUGGCUUGCUCAGUGACAGCAUCCACAUGUUUUUCGACUGCGUUGCCCUUGGUGUUGGUCUGUUCGCCUCCGUGGCGAGCAAAUGGCCGCCCAACGCUCGCUUUCCCUAUGGGUUUGGUAAAGUCGAGACGCUGAGCGGUUUUGCGAACGGUGUCUUUUUAGUGCUCAUAAGCGUGGAGAUCAUGAUAGAGGCUUUUGAGAGGAUCAUAGAGGGGAGGGAGACGAAAAGGCUGGCUGAGCUGUUCAUCGUGAGCAGUCUAGGUCUCAUCGUGAACCUGGUGGGGAUGGCUGCGUUUGGCCACCAUCAUCAUGGCCACGACCAGGGCCAUCAUGGUCACUCCCACGACAACGAGAAUAUGCACGGCAUUUACCUUCAUGUUCUGGCCGACACCCUCGGCAGCGGCGCCGUCAUCGUCUCGACUGCCCUGACACAUUUCUUUCCCUGGGCUGGAUGGGAUCCUGUCGCAUCCUUCCUCAUUGCGGCGCUCAUUCUGGGCUCCGCGGUCCCGCUGAUCCGAUCGUCAGCCUCAAGGCUUCUUCUGACUAUUCCUGACCAGGUCGAGUACUCACUUCGCGAUAUCCUCUCCGGUAUCACGGAACUGCGUGGGGUCGCUGGCUACGGCGUGCCCAAAUUCUGGAUCGACGAUCGAGUUAGCGAUGACAACUCACCAGGCGACAAGCUGAUCGGCUCGAUGCACGUCCUCGUGGUCCGAGGGGCAGAUAUGGAGGACGUGCGGAUGCGCGUGCAACAGUACUUUUCAGAAAGAAACAUCGACAUCACUCUGCAGGUGGAGAGAGAGGGCGAUCCGAAUUGCUGGUGUGGUAUGGGCAAGAGCCCGCUCUCACCAUUGAGCGCGACGAGUGCCAUGCCGUCGACGCCAAUACUGUCGCAGAGGCUGAAAGGGCGUUAGGGGCCCCUUUUCAGGGGCGCUUGGCGACAUUCUGGGUGAUGAGACCGUUGGCAUUUCAUUUCACUUGGCACGGCAUGUUAGAUUCUCACUACAACAAGUCCAUUAGAUAUGUACACUUACUUGGAUGGAGCAUGGUAUAUAUGGACGCUUGGAGCGUGCUGCACACAUACUAGUUGGACAUACGCUACUGGUACUAUGGAGGUGGUACACGUAUAGAGAGAGGGUGGCUACUGAUAGACUCGAGAUACCCUUCAACUUCCGAUUGCCAUGAGUGGUAGCAAC